UUUAUAAUAGGUGGUCUAUUACACAAGAAUGUAAAUAAACAAAAUUGUCUCUAAAUGUCAAAAGUCGGCCGACGGCGACGUGUUUUUGUGGUGGGGAAUAUUAACGUGAAAAUGUAUGAAGGUGAUGUGGAACGCAAUCAGUAUACACUUUCUAAUCGUGGCGAUCGGUCUCGAUAAGAUAAUAUAGUUCUUUUGCCGCGCAUCAUAAAAUGUCGUUCGAAAAUCUUAAGGAUUAUGUGAGUGCCCAUGGUCAAGAACACCUUAUCAAGUAUUGGCCGGAACUUAAUGAUAAUGAGCGGGAACAAUUGGCGGGAGAGAUCCGGAAGUUAGACCUGGCGGAAAUGAAUGAAACUUUUCACCGAGCGAACGAAACAACAAAAGUUAUAUCGGAAAAAUUAGAUGACGAAUUAAAACCCAUUCCUCAAACACACUAUGAAGCUGUUCCCAGCUUAACUGAAGAAAAAAUUAUGGAGUAUGAAAAUAUAGGUUUACAAGAGAUUUCUGAGGGAAAAGUUGGUGUAUUGCUUCUUGCAGGCGGGCAAGCUACAAGACUUGGGUUUGGUCACCCUAAAGGCAUGUAUGAUGUUGGUUUACCAUCACACAAAACCCUGUUUCAAAUCCAAGCAGAAAGAAUUCUUCGAGUGCAGCAAAUGGCGGAAGAGAAAACAGGCAAAUUUGGUAAUAUUACUUGGUAUAUUAUGACUUCUCAGCACACAAAAGCUCCUACAGCAAAAUACUUCAAAGAUCAUUCCUUUUUUGGAUUAAAUGAAGGAAAUAUAGUAUACUUCGAGCAGGGUACACUUCCAUGUUUUGAUUUUGAUGGAAAAAUUCUACUUGAAGAAAAACAUCAUAUAGCCUCUGCUCCAGAUGGAAAUGGAGGCCUUUAUCGUGCAUUGAAAAGUCAAGGCAUUCUAGAAGAUAUCAAAAAGCGUGGUAUCCAGCAUCUACACGGACACUCUGUAGAUAACAUUCUAAUAAAAGUGGCAGAUCCAGUAUUUAUUGGUUAUUGUAAGAGCAAAAAUGCUGAUUGUGCUGCAAAAGUUGUUCAGAAAUCUUCACCAAGUGAAGCAGUUGGUGUGGUAUGUAGAGUGAAUGGACAUUAUAAAGUGGUGGAAUAUUCUGAGUUAACAGAUGAAGCUGCAAACAGACGAAACCAGGAUGGACGCUUAACAUUCUCUGCUGGAAACAUAUGCAACCAUUACUUCUCAGCUGAUUUUCUUCUAAAAAUUUCAGACUUUGAACGGAAACUAAAGCUCCAUGUUGCAAAAAAGAAAAUACCAUAUGUUAAUGAUGGUAUUAAAAUAAAACCAACUGAACCAAAUGGUAUUAAAAUGGAAAAGUUCAUAUUUGAUGUGUUCGAAUUUGCUGAGAAUUUCAUUUGCUUAGAAGUGGCUAGAGAUGUUGAAUUUUCAGCUUUGAAAAAUGCAGAUUCAGCAAAGAAAGACUGCCCAUCAACUGCUCGGGAAGACUUAUUGACGCUUCACAGGAAGUAUAUCAGGGAAGCAGGUGGUAUUAUAACUGAUGAUAUAGAUGUUGAAAUUUCCCCCUUGCUUUCCUACGGAGGAGAAAAUUUGAGGGAGUUUGUUGAAAAUGAAGUGUUUACAAUUUCACCAUUCCAUUUAAGCGGUAUUCAUGAAAGUAACGGUUAUCAAAAUGGCAAUCAUUAAUCACAUCAUAUCACUUCAUCUGAUAAAUAUCAUUAUCUGUAAACACACUGAAAAAUUCAUUAUAUUAAACCUCCUUUGAAUUAUACAGAACAGAUUCAUAAUUUAAAAAAAAAAUGUAAAAUUGUUUCAAUCUCAUCAAUCUUGAAAUGUUUCUAGGUAUUUGACUGAUUUACAAAAUAAUUGUAAAUGAAAGCCCUUUAAAAAUGUAAAUAUUAGGUCAGAAAAGCUUGCCUUAGCAUUUAGUAAAAAAAAUUUAGGCUGUAAAACUAACUGCAUACUGCCAUUAAGACUUAAACAUUACCAUCAUAAGUCAUUUACUAACAAGCAAUAAUUAAUGACAUUAAUUAAUCUACUAUUCGUAAAAAUUACGAUUGGUUAAUGACUAGCUAAAAUCCUUAUUUCAUUCUGUUUUGUUGAUUUUCUAUACAAUUUAUAAAGUAUUUUUAUUUUAUACCUUUUAGAUGAUUCACAUGAGAAAGUUCAUGCGGAAACUAUUCUUAGCGAUUCGUUUUUACGGAUCGUUCGAAUGAAGUUCACAAAUUUUCGAUAAUUUGUUAAAAAUAAGUUUUGGUAAUACGAAUCCGUGAGACACAGACAUGAAGUCAAAAAUACUAUGUUUAACAUAGGUUAUAUGAUUUUUCUAUGCUAUUAAAUUCCUUCAAAAUUUCUAGUCAACGGUCAUAAUCACAAUAAAUUUACAAUGUACAUAUGUAAUAUACGUUUUUAGUAUUUAUAGAAACGCUAGAAAUUUGUAUGAAUAUAUAAGUAUUAUGUUCCGGGAGUAAAAUAAAAAAUAAUACUGUA